GAGGUGUGGAUAGUGAGGGGUCCCGCACGCCAGGAGCAGAGGGUCUGUGUCAAGAGCGACGGGGGCUGCAGGAGACGAGAGAGACUGAUGCCUGGCCACCUUGGGGCAUGUGUCAGCUUCAGAGUCACAGGUUCAUUGAAGACUGAGACAUAAACACUGGAUCCAGACUCGCUGACUGAUAAAGGCUGGCACUGCCUUCCCCACCAUGGCAGAGGUGGUGGCUGAGGUGGCUGAGAUGGCCGAGAUGGCCACACAGAUGUCCCCAGGGGCAAUGGAGAUGUCUAUACCGGUCUUUGGGGAAAUGAUGGAGAUGUCAACAGAGGUGACUGAGAUGAAGGCUGGGGAGGCCCUUGCCUCAUCCCUCUUCUUCCAGCACCACCAGUUCAUGUGCUCUGAGUGUGGCAGCCUCUAUAACACACUGGAGGAAGUCAUCUCACACCAGGAGCAGCACGUGCCCACUGUCACCGAGGAGGAGGCGCUGACCACCCCGGAUGCUGGCCUGGAGCCAGAGCUAGUGCCAGGUGCUGCGGAUGGGCCCUUCCAGUGUGGUGAGUGCAGCCAGCUCAUCCUCUCCCAUGGUGAGCUCCUGGCCCACCAGGACGCCCACCUCCGGGAGUCUGCAAGCCAGAUCCAGUACCAGUGUGGGGACUGCCAGGAGCUGUUCCCCUCACCAGAACUGUGGGUAGCUCAUCGAAAGGCCCAGCACCUUUCCACUGCAGCAGCCGAAGCGCCAGUGCCACCCCCUCUGCCUCCCCCAACACCACCACCUCCACCCCCUGCUCCACCGGAAGUCCAGAUGGAGCCCUACGAGUGUCCUGAGUGCUGCACCCUCUGUGCCACCCCUGAGGAGUUCUUGGAACAUCAAGGCACCCACUUUGACUCCCUAGAGAAAGAGGAACGGAAUGGGCUGGAGGAGGAGGAGGGGUGUGAGGAGGGUGAAGAAGAGGAUGAAGAGACGGAGGAGGAAGAGGAGGCAGCAGGGCCUGCAGAGCUUGGUGGCGAUAGUGUGGGAGGCGGCAAGACCGCAGCUGGCUGGGCCCAGGGCUGUGAGGAUUAUCCCCAGCACUGGGCCUCGGCAGGGGCGCGCCGCAGACACCGGUUGGCAUCCCGAGCCUCCGCGUCAACCACCCACCCCUUCCGCUGCAGCCAGUGCCAGCGCAGCUUCAGCUCCGCAAACCGGCUGCUGGCUCACGGGCGGGCACACGUCGGUGGCACCCACGAAUGUCCAACCUGCUUCAAGGUCUUCAAAAAAGCAGCCUCACUGGAGCAGCAUCUGCGGCUGCACCGUGGCGAAGCCCGCUACCUCUGCGUGGACUGUGGUCGCGGCUUCAGCACAGAACUCACGCUGGUGGCGCACCGGCGGGCCCACACCAGCAACCCACUGCAUCGCUGCCGCUGCGGCAAGACAUUCAGCAACAUGACCAAGUUCCUCUACCACCGGCGUACCCACGCAGGCAAGAGCGGGGCGCCCCCCACCACAGCAGGGGCCUCCCCGGCUGGUGCCGAGCCUCCACCCCCGCCCCCGCCCCCCGCCCCGCCCACCCAGCUGCCCUGCCCACAGUGCUCCAAAUCCUUCUCCUCCACCUCGCGCCUCUCCCGGCACCGACGCACAGUGCAUGGACCCCCCGAGCGGCGACACUGCUGCGGGGUUUGUGGCAAGGGCUUCAAGAAGCUGGUCCACGUGCACAACCACUUGCGGACGCACACGGGCGAGAGGCCCUUCCAGUGCCACUCCUGUGGCAAGACCUUUGCUUCUCUGGCCAACCUCAGCCGCCACCAGCUGACCCACACGGGCGUGCGUCCCUACCAGUGCCUGGACUGUGGCAAGCGCUUCACGCAGAGCUCCAACCUGCAGCAGCACCGGAGGCUGCACCUGCGGCCGGUGGCCUUCGCCCGCGCGCCCCGCCUCCCCAUCACCGGUCUCUACAACAAGAGCCCCUACUACUGCGGGACCUGCGGCCGCUGGUUCCGCGCCAUGGCUGGUCUGCGACUGCAUCAGCGGGUCCAUGCGCGAGCUCGUACGAUGACACUGCAACCCAGAUCACCGCCUCCCGCCCCGCCCCCGCCCCCGGAGCCUCAGCAGACUAUCAUGUGCACCGAGCUUGGGGAGACCAUCGCCAUCAUCGAGACGUCCCAGCCACUGGCCCUUGAGGACACGCUGCAGCUGUGCCAGGCAGCACUGGGGGCCAGUGAAGCCAGCGGGCUGUUGCAGUUGGACACGGCCUUCAUGUGACACAGCUAAGAGCAGCAAUAAAAGAGUUUGGUUGCAGCAGCAAGUGUGGUCACCUGUAGGGAGAAAUGGGACUACACCCUGGCAAGCCACUCUGGUGCCCACCAGGUACCAGGAUGUACCCUGGCCUUACCCGCUGACUCCUCCACAGCCUGCCAGGUUUCUCUUGUCACCUUUCUCUGCCUGAGGGGAAACUGAAGCUCUGAGACAAGAUCUGUCCCAGGUAACCCCACUACAUUGCAAAGCAGGUUUGCCAAGGCUGUUUGCUCUGCAUCACCCUGCUACCCAGCAAGCUCAGGGAACCUUUCCUGAGCCCCGGCCACUUGCCAGGUCUGUGCUGGGCACUGUUACAUACCUCUUCAGGUCCUCUGCUUGUCCCCCCUGCCCUAGCCUUCCCUGGACUCGGCUCUGCCUAGUGGAGGAAGACACUUGACUGCUCUGGGCUCCCUUCAUCUCACUUUUGACAAUGUGAGAGGAAAGUUGUAAGUGCCCAGGUGCUCGGCUGCAGACUGGGUCACGCUGAGCCCCAGGAAUGAGCCAGGCACGGGGGCCAGACCUGCCCAGGGGGCCCGCGGUGGAAUAGCCGUAACACGCCCCAAUACAGAGGGCCUUGCUCUCUGAGCGUGUCUCACUGAUUCUCAGCCUGGGUGUCCUAAGGCCUCUUUCCCACGAGCUGGGCACUGCUGGACCUGAGAGACGAGUCAGGCCUCUGCCCUGCCCCUGGGGGGCAGACAGGUUCUUUGGGGCCACGGUGGGGAUGUGCAGGACAGUGGGUCCCAGAGCAGGGAGCAGAGCUCCGUGGUGGGAGACUUCCUAGAAGAGGUAGGACUCUGCUAGCGGAAGAGAACAUUCCAGGCAGACAGCACUGCAAGGAGGCUGAGUUCUUGGUCUACUUGGAGACCGUCCAGUUAUUCACAACUACAACAGCGAACAUUUGACUGCCUAGCCGUGGCAGGCACCGCAGUUACUAGACAUGUAUUAUGAUCCAAACAAGCCUGGGAGCUGAUCUCGCGGUUAUCCCUGUUAUACAGAUGAGAGAAUGGGCAGAGACUUGCCCAAGUUCUCACAGAUAGGCAGCGGGGUCACUGAGAUUUGCAUGGAGGUGGUCCUUUCAGCCCAUGUCGGUAACCAGUGCUGCCGAGUGAUCACAACCUGAAACCCAUGCAGGGGCUGGGGGCUCAGAGGAUUCUUUGUAACUGGAGGAAAGGUGAGCUGGUGUCACAGAGCAAAGCAGUUGGGGUUUGAGGGGGCCCUCAAAAGAUCAAAGGUCUUGGGAGCAGGAAGGGAUCCACCACCUUUUCAGUUUCCCUGGGGUGCCAGUUCUUCCCUCUAGAUGGAAGAUGGUUACGGCAGGUCUGGGGGGCAGGCGCCUCCCAGGCCUCUGCAGACCCUGGUGUUCUGGCAGGUGAGGCAAAAUGGGGCAGGGCUGAGCUGUCUGAGAGGGAGGCCCGACCUGGGAAGGCCGUCAAAGCCCAGUUAAGAAGCUGGGGCAGUUUAAGGAGAUGAGGAUCAUAACUAGGGGUUAGGGGUCCCUGAGGUCAGGGUGGGUGGAGUGAGGGGGAGGCCAGAGAUGGUCCAGGAGGGAGAGGAUGGGGCCAGAGCUGGGCCGAGGCUGUGGGGGUGAGAGGGUGAGGGACACCCUGGGUGACCUCGUGGCCGACUGGGUGUGAGCGGCGGGGUAGGAGCCCGAGGUCUGCCCCUCGCCCAGACCAGCCUUCCUGCCCUCCAGUCCACCUGCUGUAUGUAUUCGUCUUAUGAACAAGGUGAUACCUGGGUGGUGUUGAGCAAGGGGGCCCAGGAUUUGCUCUGGGCAGUAGGCAAGUGCCCUUGGGGCUGGCCUGAGCAGACAAAAGCCCACAUGCCACAGAACCAACCUUGAACUCCCUCUGGAAUAGAUGUGAAACUACUCUCACUCUUUUCACCCAUGGAGCACAUCAGUUGCUCCUCCCAAGUCCCCUUUCUACUUCUGGGGCCUCUGCCCUCGCCUACUGCUGGUACCAUGUGGAGGAGGUGCCAUUUCCCUCCGCCCAUGGCCCCACCAUCUGGCUCCAGCAUGUUUGUAAGUGAGGGUAAGAGCCAGGCUCUCUAGACACCAACCUUCCCUCCAUCCGUUUGAGACAUGGAAAUGAGGCUUGGGGAUCUGCCCCCACGCAUGCCCACUGAGUCUACACCGGGCUGGUUUUGUGUCCUCUGGGCCCUGACGCGGCAGCCAGCACAGGCUGAGACAGGGAGAGCUCUUUGUUCAUAUCCUGAUUGUGCCAUUUAGGCUCUGUGGCCACGACCUCUCAGAUCCCCAGUUCUCACAUGUCACCUAGGGGGUGAAAAUGCCUCCCUGGAUGGAAGCAAAUGGUUCCAGCUAGGUCGAGGGGGCAGGCUCCUCCUAGGCCUCUGCCAUGGAUACGCCAAACCAGCUCUCCCC